AUGGAGAUCAAGAACGACCGUAAGACGGGAAUGGUGACUGUACAACAAACCAAGUUUCUCAAGUCCGUGUUAACAAAGUUCGGAAUGGAUAACAGCAAGCCAGUGAAGACGCCUCAAGAUCCCGGCCUGAAGCUAACCAAGAACAUGUGUGACCAAGAAUGCAAGCACGAAGACACCAUGUGCAACGUGCCAUAUCGAAGUGCUGUCGGAGGCAUCAUGUAUCUCAUGGUCGCCACACGUCCGGAUCUAGCUGCUGCAGUGGGAUCAUUAUCCCAGUUCUCGUCCGACCCAUGCCCGACUCACUGGCAAGCUUUGAAGCGUGUGCUGAGAUACCUGCAAGCAACGCCCAAUCAUGGUCUUGAGUUUACACGUGAAGAAGGAAGCCGUAUCUGCGGGUACACCGACGCAGACUGGGCCGGCGACAUUGAGUCAAGACGAAGUACAAGCGGCUAUGUGUUCAUGAUGAGCGGAGGAUGCAUCAGCUGGAAAAGACAGAAACAACGGACGGUCGCGCUGUUGAAAAGACAGCGGCUGUGA